GCAGGACGUGGCCCUACACACACUCAACGGCGCCGCCAUGCCGUCUCUACAUACACAUACUUAGACAUACAGUACGUCGCCGAUACGGUGAAGCUCAUGCACGAUAGCCGAGCUCCACCAACCACGGCCGGUGGCAACAAGUGUCGUCUCGUCCGUCUUCGAUAUCAUUCCAUCACUAUCCUCCCGGCGCACUACCACUGCUGAAUGAACGGCGGCUCCCCAAGCCUCCAAGACUGCACCACGCCCCACCCGCUACACGCCCGAACCACGACGGUUCCUCUACCGCCCAAACCGCCGUUGGCACAAACGCCUCCGCGAUAGCCAGGCGCUCCUAAACUAGCACAGCAAUUAGGCUUCCAGCGUCCGUCCUAGCAAUGGCAAUCCUCCGGCCCGUUGCGCUGUCCCGCGCCACCACACACGAUCCGCCAAACUCACAGGCACGCCACGCAAUCAGCCGCCCCGCCCACCGGCCUGUGUGCACAAGCCAAUAUAACCUAAACCACCACGCUGGCUCUGCAAACAUCCCGAGACGAAUGGGCCUUGGCAUUCACUCCACACAAUCACAGUGGCAUAAAGACUUGAUUGCGGGAAUUGACUCACUCAAUAUCAACUCAAUAUCCAAGCAUACAUACAUACGACCGCUUCAAACACCUUCGCAAUGCAACCUGUCUACACCAAACACACCACCUCUCGUCUGCAUCUAAACCUCCCAUGGACCCUUCCUAGCUCCUCACCGAUACUAAAUAAAUCAC